UGCAUCCCCUCCGCCUCACUGCCUUGCUUCGUCCCUCUACCAUCUCGUCCUAGCAUACCGACAGCGAGCCACCUGCCCGACAGCGCACCAAUCUCGAUACAUCAUGGACAUGCCAUCAUCUUCCGGAGGGCCCUCCUCCCCUCUGGCCCGAGUCGGCGGUGCAGAGUCCCGUCAACUUUUCGACCCGCUUGCAUUCGACGCUGGUCAGCAGAAUGGCGGUGCUAAUGCCAAUGGCUUCUCGCUUGGUCGCGAUGGUCGAUCCGCCUCUUCUGCGUUUGCGGGCGACGAUGACGCCAUGUCUGCGAUGAACAAUGGCUCUGCUGCCCGACGCGUCAAUGGCGAAUCGUUGGACUAUGAAGAGACGCCCGCUCCCAACAGGAACGCCAGACCGAAUCUUAGGCAAGAGGAUGACGCACCCCCCGUCACUGACGAGACUGGCGAGCGAGUGCGAGAAGGCUUUGCAGACUUUCUGGAAACCUACGUCGACACCACUCUCGCCGACAUCACUCCCAUCAAUGGUCAGCAGCCAGCGACCUACGUUGAGCAGCUCUUUGCCCUCAAGGACUACAACCGCACGACGCUCUUCGUGGACUUCACUCACGUGCUUAGACAUGAAGAGGUUCUGGCCAAGGCCAUCAGCGACCAAUACUAUCGCUUCCUGCCGUACCUCAGGCGUGCGCUGCUCGAUCUCGUCAGCGCAUACAUCCCGACAUACUUGUACCUCAACUCUCACGCAGCUUCGACAGCCUCUUCCGGUCUUGUCCCCCGCGACUUCUCCAUCUCAUUCUACAAUCUUCACUUGACCAUGGGUAUCCGAGACCUUCGCACAGACAAAGUCGGUCGUCUUUUGUCCAUUUCUGGCACCGUCACUCGCACAUCCGAAGUUCGACCCGAGCUACUCUACGGCGCGUUCACGUGUAGGAGCUGCAGAGCGCAGGUACGGGAUGUCGAGCAGCAGUUCAAGUACACUGAGCCUCCACUUUGCAAGAGUCCAAACUGCGCCAACAGAAAGGACUGGCAGCUCGACGUCGACCAGAGCAGAUUCACCGAUUGGCAAAAAGUUCGCAUUCAAGAGAAUGCCAACGAGAUUCCAACUGGCUCUAUGCCCCGAUCCCUCGACGUCAUACUGCGAGGAGAGAUUGUCGAACGGGCCAAGGCCGGUGACAAGUGCACCUUCACUGGAUCCUUCAUCGUCGUGCCAGAUGUAUCUCAGCUAGGCGUUCCAGGUGUUAACGCGCAAAUGCAGCGCGAGAGCCGAGGCAGAGCACAAGAAGGCGUCGCUAAUCAGGGCAUCACCGGUCUGAAGAGUCUCGGAGUGCGAGACCUGACGUACAAGACAGCCUUCCUCGCCUGCAUGGUCCAGAGCGGCGAAGAGCGGAAGGGCGGAGACGUCCGCGAGGAGGGCGAAGAAGCCGAUCCUGAAAGGCUGAUGGACACGCUCACUAACGCUGAGCGCGACGAGCUCGAAGCUAUGGUCACUGCCGACAACAUUUAUGGACGCCUCGUCCAGAGCAUCGCGCCAACCGUCUAUGGCCAUGACAUCGUCAAGAAAGGUAUCCUUCUGCAGCUCAUGGGUGGUGUGCACAAGCAGACGCAAGAAGGUAUCCAUCUGCGAGGUGAUAUCAAUAUCUGCAUCGUCGGCGAUCCUUCGACGAGCAAGUCCCAAUUCCUCAAAUACGUAUGCGGCUUCCUGCCUCGUGCUGUAUACACGUCAGGCAAAGCGUCGUCUGCUGCUGGUUUGACAGCUGCUGUCGUCAAGGACGAAGAGACUGGAGAGUUCACAAUUGAAGCGGGAGCUCUCAUGCUCGCUGAUAAUGGGAUCUGCGCCAUUGACGAGUUCGACAAGAUGGACGUGAGCGAUCAAGUAGCCAUUCACGAAGCCAUGGAACAGCAGACAAUUUCCAUCGCCAAGGCCGGACUACAAGCGACUCUCAACGCUCGCACUUCGAUUUUGGCCGCAGCUAAUCCGGUCGGCGGACGCUAUAACCGCAAGAUGACACUGAGAGCAAAUGUCGCAAUGUCUGCGCCGAUCAUGAGUCGUUUCGAUCUCUUCUUUGUUGUGCUGGACGAAUGCAACGAGGCUACGGAUCUCAACAUUGCACAGCACAUCAUCAAUGUACACCGCUUCCGUGACGCAGCAAUCACUCCGGAAUUCAGCACCGAGGCUAUUCAGCGUUACAUUCGUUUCGCCAGAACCUUUCAGCCAAAGCUGACGCCGGAAGCAAGCGACGUUCUAGUGGAGAAAUACAGACAGCUGAGGCAGGACGAUGCGGGAGCUGGUAAGAACUCUUACCGGAUCACGGUCCGCCAGUUGGAGAGCAUGAUUCGACUUUCCGAAGCUAUCGCCAGGGCGCACUGCAGGCAAGAGAUCACACCCGCAUUUGUCAGGGAAGCGUACGCCUUGCUCCGACAGUCCAUCAUCCAUGUUGAGAAGGACGACGUGGACUUUGACGAUGAUUUGGAAGCCGAUGAGGCGGGUGCUCCUGCGGCGGCUGGACAAACCAACACGGAAGCUACAUCGAGCCUCAGCGGCCUUGGAGAGUCUAUGGAGGUGGAUGCUGAUGGAGCCGCAUCGACCGCAGCCGACAACACGCGGUCAUCUACGGCGCCCGCACCCACCCAGAGGGUCAAGUUGAGAAUCACGUUCGACAAGUACAACGAGAUGUUGAAUCUUUUGGUAUUGCGCGUUGCUGAGGUCGAGUCGAUCCCUGGAUCUGAUGGAGCAAAGAGAUCAGAAGUGAUCGAAUGGUACUUGGAACAGCGGGAGAGCGAGAUCGAGACGGUGGAGCAGCUGAAUGAGGAGAGGACGCUGGUGACCAAGGUGCUGGCUCGUCUGGUUAGGGACCAAUACUUGCUGGAAAUCAGAGGACCGCAGCCUGGAGACGAUGACGAGGAGAGCUUGCCCGCGCAAGCUGACGGCUCGGCCAGCACGGCAACUCAGGAAGAUCCUCUGCUCCUCACACACCCUCGAAUCGACAUUGAGAGCUUGGAAAACUCCAUUGCGUAGGAGGGGCCGUCGGACAGUUCUUCUCUUCACCACUUGCCUUCCCACCUUGCUCCAGCGCUACAGAUCUGUAUGUAUCCUGCUUGCCUCUUUCGCGUGUCAUGAGCCUCGCCAAAACGAAUUGAGAUGCGUUG